AUGCACUUGCUGUUCCUCGCGACGCUUCUGUCCCUGGUGAUAAGCGGCAGAAGCGAGGUGCGACUGCUUCUGGCCGUCUGGCGCCACGGCGAUCGCGCUCCGGAACAGCUUCCCUACCCAGGAGAUCCUUACAAUGAAACUUUUUGGCCACGUGGUUGGAAUCAGCUAACCAAUGUAAAAAAAUCUUAGAAUACUGUACCUCAACCGUUUUUUUUAGCUUGGCAUCGAACAAGCUUCAAAAUUGGGAAAUUUUCUACGACGGAGAUAUAAGGACUCCGUUUUGAAGACUUUUCAUCGGAGCAAGGUUAUUUUUGGAAUGAAUGUUCAUUCACCCCAUUUCUUUGAUUUGAAAAAAAGUUAUCUAUUUAUUCAUUAACGCAUAAUCUAAGAUUUUUUUUUCUGAAAACAUUUGAACGGAUUUUUAUUAUUAUAUUGUAAUUUUUCACCUUAUUUAAAUGUUGUGAAAACAAUUUUUAGGUUCACAUUCGCGCUUCAGACGCUGAUCGAGCAAUCGAGACGGCCCAAGCCGUGACGGCGGCGAUGUUCCCGCCUGAAGGCGCUCAAGUGUGGACACAUGGAAAACUUCGUCAUUGGCAACCCAUUCCCAUUCGAACAAACGGCGGUAAACCGGACCCGGUGCGGUUUUUGACCAUGGCUAAAAAACGAAAAUGUAUAUGUAGAUGUUACGACCGAGCCAAGUUCGCUGCCCAGCGUAUGAAAAGUUGGUGCUAGCCCAGCGCAAAAUUCUGCAAGAACAAACGGAUGAAAAGUAAGUUUUUAGAUGCGGAACAACUAUUUUGACCAAGUCUCAAGAAUAUUUUGAGUCCCUAAUAGGCAGAAUCUCUUUUUUCCAUUAAAAACUGAGAAAUCAUGUCGAAAUUUAUUGUGUUGGAAAAAUUCGAGGCGUCUGAGCCUUGUGUGAGGAUUUCUUAAUAGAAUAAUUGAAGGGAGUACCGGACUUCAGGGAAAAGGAAGAAAACUGGCUGUAAUCUUCCACAUCUCAACUUUUUGUGUUGUACCUUUUCAAGCUCUAAUGCUCCCGUCUGCCAGGUUCAAAGUCCCACUGUCAAUCGUGACAGAACGCACGGGACAUUACUCGCGCUACAGUAACAUCAAGGACGUUUACAACGUCAUUUUAGAGGUUAAUUUACGCUUUCAGAUUUUUAUUACUUUGUAGAUCGUUGCAAAAGACGCCGAAGUAAAUUACGAGCUUUCAGCACUAUAACGGGCUACCGCUUCCAAGCUGGGCCUACGAGAAAGUUGGGAACGCCACUCUUCUUGAGCACGUUUCAGAAGUGCGUAGAAUUUCACGCCUACAACUUUUCGAUUCAAUCGAAAAAGCCAAGUUUAUGUCAGUUCGAACUUAAUUUGGAUGCUGAGAAAAACUUUUUAGGGGAGGCUACUUGAUCAAUAACUGGGCUGAGCAUAUGGUUUCUGUAUCAAAUGGUACCUCAAAAAAACAAGCAGUUUUGUACUCCUCGGUUUGUUUUCUCUCCGAUUUUCUGCAAUUGAAAUAAAAAUGCAGCACGAUGGAACUUUAUCAGCACUCCUCUAUGGGCUCAAUAUCAGCAACGAUCUAUUGAUACCGUACACCGCAUGUGCCAUGAUUGAGCUCCAUCAGGAUGAGACAGUUCGAGUGAGUCAUCGAUCUGUCAACUUUAUAAGAAAGCGUAUCGAUAAUUUAAUCAUGGAAACAUGUCAUUUUAGGGUGAAAUUUGAAUUACAGUAUCGUCAGAAAAGAUACGAAACUUUUUUUGUUAGAAUUUCAAUCUUUCUGAAUUUUAGGAGUUUUGAUGACUGUUAUCCUCAACACGCUGAUCAGUUUUCAGUUCAAAAAAGCGCAGCUUCAGAACUUUCCGGAAGAUUGACUUCAUUACUAAAAAGUUGUGACCAAAGUCGCGAUUUUUCGUAUCUUUUCUGACGGUACUGUAUUUCAUGAGCUUGCUCAACUAAAAGAAGAAUAUAAGAUUUUUUUUGAUAACUUUGAAAAAACUUCGUCCAAUCAGAUCUUCUAUCGCAACACGACGACAGAGGAUCCACUAGCAGUUCAUCAGCUGAUUGUCCCGGGCUGCACCGCCCGCUGUCCUCUGCCCACUUUCCUGCAACUCAUCGAGCACAUUCGAAUACGAACGCUUGACGAGUUACACAGCGUGAGUGCGCGACCUUCUGUCACGAAAAAAAGCUGAUUGUUCAGCAUUGCGCAAGUGGAGACGCAUCCACGUCCAGCCUCCGUCCAGCCGUUUUACCCAUUUUCAUCUUGUCUGUCAUUGUCACUUCUCUUCUCUUCUUGUGA